ACAUAACCUAAAAAAAUUUGAAAAUGGCUAGUUCAAAACCGAAAAAUGUUAUAUUAGAAACUUCACUAAAUGCGGUAUUAGUGAACAGUAAUCCUAGUGCAAUACCAGCAGAUGCUCAAACUAUUAAAGGCUAUGAUUUCAAUAAUGGGAUUGAUUAUCAUUCAUUGUUUAACUCAUUCAAAACAAUGGGAUUUCAAGCGACAAGCGUUGGGUUAGCCAUUGAAGAAAUAAAUAAAAUGAUUGACAGUCGAAAUCAAACAUUAGACAAUGAAGACGUAUACGAAGAUGAUUUGUUUAUUCGACGUAAACAUAAUUGUACAAUAUUUUUGGGAUACACAUCAAAUUUAGUAUCAUCCGGACUACGGGAAACAAUUCGAUUUUUAGUUGAACAUAAAAUGAUUGAUGCGAUUGUUACGACAGCUGGUGGUAUUGAAGAGGAUUUUAUAAAAUGUUUGGCGCCAACCUAUUUGGGAGAUUUUCAAUUAUCUGGCAAAGAAUUGCGUACACAAGGCAUUAAUCGUAUUGGGAAUUUGUUAGUGCCCAAUGAUAAUUAUUGUAAAUUUGAAGAUUGGGUGAUGCCAAUUUUGGACGAAAUGUUGAAUGAACAAAAAAAUAAUGAUGUCACAUGGACACCAUCAAAAAUAAUCCAACGUUUAGGUGAAAAAAUUGAUAAUCCCGAAUCUAUUUAUUAUUGGGCAGCAAAAAAUCAUAUUCCAGUUUUUUGUCCAGCUCUAACUGACGGCAGUUUAGGUGAUAUGAUGUAUUUUCAUUCUUUCCGCAAUCCUGGAUUGGUAAUAGAUAUUCUGGCAGAUUUACGUCGAUUAAAUAUUAUGGCUGUAAAAGCUGUACAUUCUGGAGUGAUUAUUUUAGGUGGAGGUGUUGUAAAACAUCAUAUUUGUAAUGCAAAUUUAAUGCGAAAUGGUGCUGAUUUUGCAGUGUUUUUGAAUACUGCAUCAGAAUUUGAUGGAAGUGAUAGUGGUGCUCGACCCGAUGAAGCUGUUUCUUGGGGCAAAAUACGAAAAGAAGCUACACCAGUUAAGGUUUAUGGUGAAGCUACUGUUGUAUUUCCAAUAAUUGUUGCAGAAACAUUUGCUAGAAAUUUUUUCAAAGAAAAUACCAAAUAAAUCCUUACUAUAUAA